CCAGACUGCAGAUGAUUAGCAAUGCUGCUUUCACAUGGGCUCCUCCUGCCUGCCCGGGGAGGUGCCUGAGUCCCUGUAAUCAGUGAAGGAUGUGUAGCUGCAUAUCCCACUUCUGAGAGAACACAACUCCACAACUGGAUGUGUUCCUAUCACAGCUGUUGGACUGCUCACCGCCUUGCACUUCUGCUGGACAGAGGACUGCAUUAUCAUGCUGGACUUACUGAUAAUGCUAUAAAAUAUGCUGCUUUUCUCAUAGCCUGUGCUAAAGAAGUCCAGCUUUUACCAUAAAAAAAUGUACACAUUCCAGGACACACGCAAGAUUAAAUUCAGAAAUGGAUUUAAAUCUCCAUAACACUAGAACAGGAAUGAGUACAAAUAAUAACGCCGCUUCAAUCGCAGAUAAGGCGGUUAAGGAUGCCGCCAGUUAAUAUGCUAGCAUCAAUCUAGCGUGCUUAUUUAAACAUUGGACCAGUGUCUGCUGCAGGAGUGAUGGUCGUAUUCUAAACACACUGAAGUGGCUCUGAAUCGGUCAGUUUGAGAAUGAAAGCUGGAAUUGCCUUCCUACUCUUCCUUGUUGUCAUUACUUUGUGCUCAUCUAUCAAUCAUACCAAUGAGGAGGCUGUCCACACUGCACAGAAAACAAAAGCUAACAAAAUACAUCAGUCUGUUUCUUGGCUGCCUAUUCACAUUGCAGGAAAAUCCUCAUUUCCCUGUCUCUGCCAGUAUCCUGGAAAAUGGCAGAAGACUUAUCUUAUCAAGUAUGGCUAUCUUAAAGAAGAAAGAAGGGACUACAAUGCAGCAAAGUUUGCAGUGGCAGUAAGAGACUUCCAGCGAUCAUAUCACCUUCCAGUCACUGGACACUUGGAUGAAGCUACAGUACAUCAGAUGCACGUACCACGAUGUGGAAUGAAAGAUGACAAUGAAACAAAAUGGCUGUUUAAUAGACCACUUUAUGUAAACUAUCGCAGGAAACGCUAUGCAACAAAAAGUAAAUGGUACAAACAUCAGCUGACCUAUCAGAUUGUGAACUGGCCAUGGUACCUGUCUCAGCAUCAGGUGAGGCAGGCAGUUAAAGCAGCGUUUGAAUUGUGGAGUAAUGUCUCCUCGUUGACCUUCUCUGAGGUUACAAGAGGCCCAGCAAACAUUCGUCUGGCUUUCUUCGAUGGAGAGCACAAUGAUGGCGCCAGGCAUGCAUUUGAUGGACCAGGUGGUGCUUUGGCUCAUGCUUUUUUUCCAAGAAGAGGAGAAGCUCACUUUGACAAUGCUGAACACUGGUCAUUGAAUGGGAAGGGCAGAAAUCUGUUUGUUGUCUUGGCACAUGAAAUUGGGCACACGCUUGGGCUUCAGCAUUCACCCUUCAAAAAUGCCCUCAUGUCUCCAUACUACAAAAAAUUAGGCAGAGAAUAUGUGCUGAAUUUUGAUGAUAUCUUUGCCAUCCAAAAUCUCUAUGGGGCGCCCUCGAGUGGUAGGCUGGUGCAGCUGCCUGGAAAACAGUUCACCAGGUUUGAAGAGUGGAGCGAAGAAAAGAAAGGAGUCACAGAUGGUGCAGUCAAACCAUAUUACUGCCAGUCCAUGUUUGAUGCUGUCACUUGGGAUUUGAAACAAACAUUGUACGUCUUCAAAGGCAGACACUACUGGAUGGUGACUUUGAAUGGAAAUGUCUCAGGGCCUCAGCUCACUCAACAGAGGUGGAAGAGACUUCCAGCAUUUGUUGAAGCUGCCGCAGUGUCAGGAUCAGAUGGCAAAUUUUAUUUUUUUAAAGGUGGGAGAUGCUGGAGAUACAAAGGUUCUAGACUAGAGGCUGGUUUCCCUCAAAAGUGUAGUGAAAAUGGUUUCCCGCGACAUCCUGACACAGCCUUAUAUUUUCCACCACUUGGACAUUUAAUUAUUUUCAAAGGCGAAAAGUACUAUGUGAUCAAUGAGGAAUCUAUGACGGUGGAGCCCUACUAUCCACGCAGCAUACAGGACUGGAAAGGUGUUCCUCUCAGUGCUAAUGCAGCACUGACUCAUCCAAAUGGCUCAGUUUAUUUUUUCAAAGGUGAAAAAUACUGGAAAUUUGACCAGGACACGCUGAAAGUUACUGCUUCUGGGAAGUGGGUGCAAGAUUUAUCUUGGCUCAGCUGUCAACCUUCUUGACAUCUGAUUGCAAUAAAUGUUAAAUAUUAUCUUUUGUAAUUUUUGAAGUUAAAAUGAAAUAAAUGUUUUUUAAUUUAUAAAAAUAUACACUGUUUUUAGAAUUAUGUUUUUUAAGCUUUUACUACAUAAUAAUAAUGUGUCACAAAAAUAUGUAAAAAAAAAAAUGUAUACAUGCUAUGCUGAGAAAUGUAUAGCACCAUGCUCUUUUCUAGUAUCAAUAAUAGAAAACUGUAUAAUCUAUUGCGGAAGCUGAAUUGCUAAAAUAUAUGUGAUGAAA